AUCAAGCCUUUCAUGAGCACCUAUUACAACAUCCCCAUUCAAAGUCACAAGACCAGUGUCAAGGGUUGGACCUCGGGCCGCACCGAGUUUAGCGCCAAGCACUUUCGCUUUGUUUUGGACGACGGUGUGGCGUUCGAGGUGCCCCUGGCUUCCCUCACUGCCGCACAGCAGCAGCGCCACGAGGCCAUUCUUGAGUUCCAAAUUGAUGACAUGGCUGAGGUCAACGACCAAGUCGUCGAAUCAAUGCGCUUCUUCGUGCCUGGUGCGGCUGCUAGCUCAGGGUCCGGCGCCAAUUCCUUUGUGUCAGAGAUCAACGAGCGCACCGCUGUGAACAGGAUAUCUGGCAAGGCAAUCUGCAUGAUUGAAAAUGUCAAGCUGGUCGUUCCACGCGGCACUCAUGACGUGGAGUUUUACUCUUCAUUCUUGCGCCUUCAUGGCAAGAAGUUUGAUCAUAAGAUCCAGUACGAGAACGUGCAGCGCAUGCACUUGCUGACCCAGGACGACAAGUUUGUCUUCUUUGUCCUC